AUGUCAAACUACUAUUUAUUUGUCUGGCAACUGAGCAUAUUUUUCAUUUUAUUUCAUAGUGCAUUAGAUGAAACAACGUAUGAAAGAUUGGUAGCAGAUACACUAUAUGCCCUUGCUGAGUUCUUUGAGGACCUGGCUGAUCAACCUUUUACACCUGUUGAUUAUGAUGUCUCUUUUGGGAAUGGUGUUCUUACAGUAAAAGUCGGCAGUGACGUUGGAACCUAUGUGAUCAAUAAACAGACACCAAACAGACAGAUCUGGCUAUCAUCUCCCUCAAGCGGACCAAAGCGGUAUGACUGGACAGGAACAAUGUGGGUUUAUUCACAUGAUGGAGUGUCCCUUCAUCAAUUACUGGAGCAAGAACUUUCCCUCGCGCUGAAUACCAAAUUAGAUCUAUCGACUUUAUUAUAUGCAGGAUGA